CUUCCAUUGCUUCUUACAGUCGAUUAGCCUUCAGAUCUCUUCCCACCCCUCUCGCUCCUCUCUGCUUUCUCUCUUUCUCUCUCUCUCCAUAAAUAAUAUCUACCUCCGCUCUCUCUCUCUGUUGGCGGAAGGGUGGUUGUUGGCAAUUUUAGGUCUUCUCAAGUGUUUCUUAUGAAGCAUGGAAAGAAUCACUCGUCUAGGAUGUGAUGGAAACAACGGUAAAUUGCUCCUAUGAUGCCAAAACAUUGACUGUUGAGUUAGAAAUUUGGAAUUCCACUAAUUUAAAGUGGCUCUGAGCCUCUGUGUUUAUAAAGCUAGAAAGUAAAUGCAUUGCAGUACGGUGUAGUUCUCUGUGGCAUUCAAAUUAAAUCUGAGGUCGCAUUGAAAAAAAAAAAGGAUGGCAUUUUAUGCAGAAGAGGAACAUAGUCAGGAUUAUCUUUUCAAAAUUGUGCUCGUUGGUGACUCUGCCGUUGGGAAAUCAAACCUGCUUGCUAGAUUUGCCCGGGAUGAAUUCUACUCAAACUCAAAGUCGACCAUUGGAGUUGAAUUCCAAACUCAGAAGAUGGUAAUCGAUGGCAAGGAAAUCAAAGCUCAGAUAUGGGAUACGGCUGGGCAGGAGAGAUUUAGAGCUGUAACUUCUGCAUACUACCGCGGCGCUGUGGGAGCUUUAAUUGUUUAUGAUAUCAGCAGACGCCAGACAUUUGAAAAUGUUGGCCGUUGGCUCAAUGAACUAAACACUCACUCUGACAUGAAUGUGGUGACCAUCCUGGUCGGCAACAAGUCGGAUCUCAAGGAUUCGAGGGAGGUGAGCAUGGAGGAAGGCAAAGCUUUGGCAGAGGUGGAGGGUCUCUUCUUCAUGGAGACCUCGGCAUUGGAUUCUUCCAAUGUUGCGACUGCAUUUCAGACUGUUGUGAAGGAGAUCUAUGACAUUCUCAGUAGGAAGGUUUUUCAAUCACAGGAGAACAAAAAGCAGGAGAACCUGUUGCUUUGGAAUGGAAAGACUGUGGCCAUAGAAGGUGAAACCAGUGAUGCGGAAGAACCAGUUCGCAGAUUUGGUGGCUGUUGUUCAUUCUAGAUUGCUUCUUCUCGCCAUUGAAAAUCAAUGUAGAUCAUAUAUCUUUGCAAGCCAUGGCUGGACAAGAUGAAGUAUUUGUAUCAUAUCUGUUGUGUGCUUUAUUCUUGAUCUUGACAGCUUGAUUCUAUUGAUUAUUGACGUUUUGGUGUGCCAUUUCUCCUUA